AUAAACUAAAUUUUGAACAAAAAGCCCAAAACCGGUUGUUUUUCAGACAAAAUGGAGGUUCCGUUAGAGGUGAAAGAUAAAGAUCUUGUUGAGGUUGAGAGCUCUGACUCUGUUCCGACCUCGGAGGAAUACGAGGUUGUGAAAGAACAGUCUCCAAGCCCUGAUCCAGGAUUUGUCGGGGAUGAGAAGCAAAUUGAGGAGAGCCUGAAGGAGUGCCUUGAGGAGAACGAAAAGAAGGGGGAGGUAGAGAUGGAGGAGGAUAAGAAGGCUGAGGAGGUUGAAGAUGGAUCAGAAAUAACUUUGAACAACAGUUUGACAAAUGAAAAUCUAUUAGAGGAUCAAGACCACACGAUCUUCCACAACAUUUAUCAUCUUGGAACAGUCAAUAUUGGAGAUCCUAAGGAUGAAGCAAUGAUACAGCAGAAUAUGACUCUUCUUAGUAAGGAAUGUGUUUCCCCAAUGGGAGUGUCUGUGUCUGUGCCCCGCCUGUCCAGUGGUUGCGUAGUAGUUCGAGAAUCUGCCACCAGGAGGAGGGUUAGUAGCAUCAAGAUACACAGAAUAACCUAUUUCGCCCGGGGUGAUAUUACCACAACGGAGAAAUCCUGUUUCGCGUUCACCGCUAGUAUGCCAGAUAAGGAGGCCGGUCACUUGUACCAGUGCUUUGUAUUCAGGUGUGAAGUGGCCGCAGCUGUGGAGAAGAUAUUUGUAAAUUUUGCGAAAGCAUUCGAAAAACCUAAAGGACAAGGUGUUCGUGUUCAGCACCAGCUGCAGCUCUCCCUCGAGGAGGAGGAGGUCGUAUUUGAGGUCGGCCUCGAGAUCAGGGAGGACGAUACCAAGGGGAACUUUGUCUAUGUGCCAAGGGAUAAAGAUUGUUUUAAGCUCAAGUCAAAUGUGGAGAAACGAGUUUUAGUUUCAAUCUGCCAGGUUUCAGACUCAACCAAACUUAAGGUUGAGCGAUGUUUUGGUAUGCUUGUGUCUCCUGGUCGGAAUGUUCGGCACAGUGAUAUGCAGCUACUCGAGGGGGUCAGAAUGCUUCCGGCCGGCGCAGGCUGGACUAUACAGGGGUCCUGGGAUCCACGUGAAGCAGCGUUUGCUGUACUAAACCAGGAGACUGGACCGGAUAUACAUAGCGUGUACAUGACAGUUGCAGCUGAUCUUGUCAUUGCUAAGAUAGCUGAGCCUGUAAGGUUUGUAAUAGAGACGAAAGCUCGUAUAUAUCCAGCUACUGAGAGAUAUUGGUAUUAUACAAGGAGAUCUGUUGUCAGAAGGUUCUACCUGAGUAUUCGAGGUCAAGGCACUGACCUACAGCUGAUCGAGGUGAGAAAGGGCGAGGAACUUGAACAACAGGGGCGAAUAUCCGCCCUGCUCGCCUCAGGACUGGCGUCUUGGCGAGGCGGAGAAACACUGGAGUCUUCGAGUACUUUAGAGCAGGAGGAUGAGUCGGAUACAGAUGAACCUCUACUCUCUGGGUCCGGGGGCGUGUCCAAGGACUGCACUGAGACUGAGUUGGAUAGCUGGGGGGAGGUGCUGCGUGUGUGGAAGGUGGGGCAGCCCCGCCCUAAGCAACUAGCUGGCCUGGUUAAAGCUGGUGUUCCUGAGGCACUCAGAGGAGAAGUAUGGCAGAGGCUUAGUGGAGCUAGUGAGACAAUGGAUAAUACUAUUGAGAAUUAUAAGAUCCUUGUGACAAAAGAAACUCCGGAUGAAAAAGUUAUUUUCCGAGAUAUUCACAGAACCUUCCCAGCUCAUGAAUUCUUCAAGGAGGCUGGUGGUGGAGGUCAAGAGGCUUUAUACAGAAUUAGUAAAGCAUAUUCAGUAUACGAUAGUGAAAUAGGUUACUGCCAGGGUCAGAGCUUCCUGAUUGCUGCUCUGCUGCUACAGAUGCCAGAGGAGCAGAGCUUCGGGGUCCUGGUGCAGAUCAUGCACUCAUACGGUCUCAGGGAUAUGUUUAGAGAAAACUUUGAACAACUUCAGCUACGAUUCUAUCAACUUGAACGCCUUGUGGAAACCAGACUUCCAGAUUUACAUGCACACUUCCAGGAAAUUGGACUGGAGACUCACAUGUAUGCUAGCCAAUGGUUCUUAACUCUCUUCUCCGCCAAGUUUCCUCUCUUUCUAGUUUUUAGAGUUCUAGAUGUUUUUCUUCUUCAGGGAGUUGAUAUUAUAUUUCAGGUAUCCCUUGCACUGCUUAUGAUGGUACGAAAAGAGCUUCUUCAACAGGAUUUUGAAUCCACAAUGAAAUAUUUCAGAGUUAACAUCCCUAAAAGGCUUCGGAGUGAAGAUCAUGCCAAGAGCUUAAUGAAAACCGUCUGCAGUAUUACAAUUAAAAAAUUGAGCAAGUACGAGAAAGAAUGGAGGAACAUAAAGGAAGCUGAGAGACUAGCAGAAAACCCUGUCACAAGAUAUGAGCGUGAAAAUAAGAAACUAAUGGCAGACAACCUAAGAUUGGAGCGUGAGAACGAUGUACUUGCCCAGCAGCUCCUGACAUCAAAGAUCUCUAUGCGCUCCGAACUCGACAAGCUGGAGGACAUCAAGGAGACCCUGGAGAAGGAGCUCGCCAUCUCAAGACAACUGAAUGAUGAGUUGUCAGGUGAAAAGAAUCUAAUAACUGAGGAGGCCGACCAACUAAAACUGGUUCUUAAACGAGAACUAACCAAAUUGGAAUCAGAACUUCUUAGUAAGGAAAAUAUAAUAGUUGAUUACAAGCAAAUCACUAAACAGUUGUCCAGUAAGCUUGAGAGGAAGGAGGAGAGAGGAGCAGUAAAGAAUCCUUCAGAUAAAGCUCUUAGUAGAGUUCAGGAGCUUGAGCUUGAACUAGCUCAGACUAAGCUAGCUCUGGUGGAGACGGAGUGUAAAAACCAGGAUCUAGCACAUCAAUUCUCUACACAGGCGAGCAGUGCACAGAACUCGACCUGGUUAAGCAAAACCUUGACCUCCAUUAAGGAGGUCACAGUGGCGAGGUCAGGGACUGACCUCAAGAAGUCGUCCUCGGAGCAUACUUCCCUAGGGUUCAAGAGAUUUGCCAUAACAAUGAAGAAACCCUAAGUGACAAAACGAUAUUUCAAGAGUAAUAUUAUUUUUAAAAACCUCUGUGUAAAUUAGUGAACCGUUUUUAGAUAAUGAAUUAAUAUUUUUUAAGUAAUUCCCAGAUAGCUAAGAUAGGACAUGAUAGGUUUCGUUUUUGUGCCCAAGAACGAAUUUAGAAUACUAGGCUUUUAUGGUGCUUUGCUUCGCUACCAUCUUAAAUUUCAACUAUUAAUCUUUCUGUAAGCAUUUUCUCUUUGUACAAUAUAAAACAAUAGCAAAAAAGUUCGUGGAUUAAAUAAUAUUUUUUCAUGGAUUUUCCAAAUUUUACAAUAGUCAGAAAUUUUUGGAGAUUAUUUUUGUAAUUUUGCUUAAUGAGCCAAAACAAUAUACAUCCUCUAUUGACCUAUCUUUCUAAAUUGUAAUUAUUUAAACAGAUUAUUUAUUAAUUUAAAAUUUUCGCCAUUAAUUGUCGUUUUUUGUCAGGAAAAUUGUAUUUACAUGAAUUUCGUUAAUUUAAAUUUUGUUAUAUGUACUUCUGAUUUUGAUAUAUUCGUGAUAUUAUUUAUUUGUUAUGUUCUGUUGGUCACAUUAUUCAUGAAAUUGUUAGUAUUAUAUUUACAUAAAUGUAACCUUAAGUGAAAUAAAUUUGAUAAACCAGUUA